UAACACAGCAUUCCCAGAGCCCUUGAAGGACUGAAGAUUAUCAGUGAACAUCCAGCAACUUCAAAGACUAAGGAAAACUACCCUAACUUCGCUGAAGUCACAGAAGAAACGUUUUUGGUAAACUACAGUCGCUAUCUUCACCAAUGAGCAGUCAGACCAGCAUCAGGGAGGUGGCCUCUCCAUCUCGGCCCAAUCAGAGGACAUUUCUGGAUGAUGUCAUAUUAACGUUCACCUCACCAAUGGCCUGGCUGAUGGUCAUGGCCCUUAUCAUCACGUGGUCAGCAGUGGCUAUCGUUUUGUUUGAUCUGCUCGAUUAUAAAACUCUGGCAGACUACACCUCAUACUGUGACGACCCCGUGUGUUUACCUCCUGGCCUCCCUCCCCCUGCCGCCAUUGCGAAGAGAAGUAUGAGGACUAGAGGUGGAGUUCGUCCAAUAAAAUCAAGCUCUGUUGGAGUCUCACCUCAGGAGAGCACUGAGUGGCUGGAAAUGAUGUGGGCAUUUGCAGCCAGUCUGGUAGCUCCUGAUGAGGAGGAGGAAGGUAUUCAUCAUCUAACCGAAAGCCUCACAUCUUUCCACUCAGAGGAACUCUGAAGGGCAGGAAGUGGAAAAGGACCAGAGCUGGAGGAGAGAGGACAGAAAGGUUGAGACGGCUGUUACAGUGUUGCACAUUAAAUCGCAGUAAUGUUUUUUCUGUCUGUUGUUGAGCGGUAACUGAUGAUUUAAUUUGAUGAAUAAAAGAUUCCAAAUUGAAA